UUCCACGGACCCUUGGAUUAUGGACAACUCCACGGUCGGUAUGGUGGAAGAUUGGACUCUGCAAUAUUAGCCACUGCUGGCUGGAGCCACAUUCGAGCGUUGAACACUUGAACCCUUCUGCCCAACGACACUGAUUGCAUGUCCAUACGUCGUUCGGUCCUCAGGAAAUCGAGUCGCAGACGCAGUCACCCUUUCGCAAAGUCCCAACUCUCGCAGUGAUGCUUCCUCCACUGUUCGCCCUGCUGCUAGCGACAUUCACGGCACUCGCAGCCUCUCAGAGCUUGUCCUCCAGCGACGGUUACACAGGCUACACGCUCGAAGUGAGGGAUGACACCAAUUCGACCGUCUAUGAGACCGACUCAACAGAUACAUCCGACGGCACAGUCACAGACAGCAGCUCCCCACCAGAUGUAUAUCUGAACGCAACACUGUUUGUUGGAGAGAUCGACCUCACCGUGGACAACCUUACUGCGAAACUCAAUCUUGACGCCCAAGUCCUAAGUCUUCUCACCUUCAACGCCGGCGUCGACCUGAGUAUCAACAGAGUCGCACUGACCAUCCAGAAUAUCUCGGCUAAAGUGGAACUCGAAGUCCGUCUGGAAAAUCUUCUGAUGAUGAUCAACGACACACUCAGCUCAAUCGACCUCAACCCAAUAAUUGCGACGCUUGGCCAGGAUGUCGGAACACUCGUCAAUGAUACUGUCAGCGGUGUAACCAGUGAUUUGAGCGCCCGCUCGUUCGAUAUGCAGCAGGGGAUAUUGUACUCCGUCAACGACUAUACAGGCAACACGCAUACGAACCGGGUGCUGGACCAAGCGGGAAAUAUUGUCGAUCAAUUUCUGCAUAAUGAUGGGAAGGUGUAUCAGAGCACGAUUGUCGGGAGUUAUUGGCACGAUAUGACUUUCACGGGGUAUGAAAGGAGUGUGGUGCUGAAUGGGGAGAAUGUGAGGGAGUUGGAGUACUCGUACAAUCCGUUCGGUGGGUUGAGCGUUGUUGCGGCGAUCUUCUUGGAUGCAGCGAGUAACGUCGUUGCUACGAGUGUAUUGAGUGAGGUCGAGGGCGGGGGGUCAUCGACCAUUGCAGAUCAGUCGUGAUAUUUAUAGUGAAGUGAAUGGAAUUGAAAAUGACAUUGAAGCUG